GAUUUACUUUCACUUACUCACUGUGGAACACUGUUUCAACAGCUUACACAGGAAGAAACUUGGCUUUGAAGAAACCAUCCAAUGCCAGCUCAACAUACAUUCAAUCGUGUCAACUAUAUACGUCAAGUGUUGUUGACGGGUCACCUUCAGGAGUAUUUAAUGACAUGACAUGUCACAGCGUUGGCUAUGGUGAUACGAAUCCCUGGUGGCAGGUGGACUUACAGGACGUCUACAGAAUAUCUAGAGUUGAGAUUGUUGGUCGUUCAGAUUGCUGUGCUGACAGGCUGCACGAUUUCACCAUCGAUGUGUACGUCGAUGACCCUGCCGUCACAGUGAGCGCCCAGCCCACGUUGUGUCACUACUACCACGGCGUCUUCAGGCCUACAACUCAAGACAUCAUGUGUGACUCUGUAGUUGCUGGGAGGUUUGUAAGGCUGUCAGGGAAGAAGACUCCACCCGCUGGAGACUUGUUUACAUUGUGCGAGGUUUCUAUCUAUGAACCAGAAAAGUAUGCUGCUCACUUCCGAAACACAAAUGUGUCACUGACUGGCUUGACUGUGGCAGCGUUACCCCUUGACCUCCUGAGCUGUGUCGUCAACUGUGUCACCGAUCCUCUCUGCAUAGCGGUCAAGAUGGUCAGACACGAGACACGCGGGUGUCAACUUAUUCAUCGGCAUGUUGACCCUGCUAGAACAACAAGAUUGACACUUUCAAAUUGCUUUGUCCCAACUUAAAAUG